CUGAAAAAAUAUUGUUUGCGGGGAUAAAAAGGGAUUUCAAAUGAAACACGGAACAACAUAGAAUCAGAUUUGGUAUUUUAUGAAGUGUCUUAUUCAGAAUUUCCACUGAAUUUUAUAAUCUAGGUGAAAUAAUGCAAUGGAGACUGACAGUUCUGAAUGACUACCUCAUUAUUGUUAACGGUUUCAACCUUUUGGGGUAUUUUAUAGUUUUAGUUCAUUUCAUGCUAGCAGAUCCAACUACAUAUAAAUUUCCGGUCAUAAUUUGGUGGUGGAAAAACGUAUAUCCUCAUGAAGAUUUAACGUCUUUAAAAUAUAUAAGCUGUGGGGGUUAUCGUGGCUGCUUGUCAACUGCAGAUAGGUUUUAUCUGGAUGACUCAAGGACUAAAGGAAUAAUAUUCUACGGUACGAGGGUUAAUCCUCGUGAUCUCCCUAUACCUCGGAAAUCCUGGCAUACAUGGAACUUGAUUCACGAGGAAUCUCCUAUGAAUAAUUAUCUGUUAUCACAAGAGGAAUUCAUUGCACUCUUUAACUUUACUGCAACAUUUAGAAGGGAAUCAGAUUAUCCUUUAACAACCCAGAACAUUUAUUCUUUGAAGUAUUUAACAGAAAGAACACCAAUAUCUACCAGAGAGAAAAACAGGAAAAUACGAGAAAGUGGUUAUGCCCCUGUCUUAUAUGUUCAGUCACAUGCAGACGUUGCGUCUGACAGAGAUGCCUAUGUUGAGGAGUUGAUGAGAUAUAUAAAAAUUGAUUCAUUUGGAAAAUGUCUUCACAACAAAGAUCUCCCAAAAUCACUGAGAGACGCUAUGACUUCUUAUGAGGAUGAUCAAUUCAUGGAUUUCAUUUCAUUCUAUAAAUUUCACAUUGCUUUUGAAAAUUCUAUUUGUAGAGAUUACAUGACCGAGAAAUUAUUUCGAGCUCUUCAUGUGGGCUCUGUCCCUGUAUAUAUGGGAUCACCUGAUGUUCAAGAUUGGAUGCCUGAUAAUAAAAGCGUCAUUUUGGCAAGUGAUUUUGAUUCUCCGGAAGAAUUAGCAAAGUAUCUGGAGUAUUUGAAUAAAAACGACGAAGAGUACAACAAGUAUUUAGAAUAUAAAUCACCAGGGGGAAUUAAAAAUUCCGUUCUAAAAGAUCAUUUACAACACCGCAGUUGGAGCACACACCCAUCAGGAUCAACUGAAAGUGAUGAUCUGAAUAUGUUUGAGGGCUUUGAAUGUUUUGUGUGUAGAAAAUUACAUGAAGUGUUCGGAAAUGAAGACAAUUUUGCGAAGGUGGCUUUCUCACACAUAGCUAACAAUUCACAUAUGGGAUGUCCAGAACCAAGAAAAUAUUCACUGUCAACAUUGAAUUCCAGUAGUGGGUCAACUGACUUCCACUGGACUAAGGUGUAUAACCAAGAGAAAAUUACUGCCAUGGAAACUCGGAGAAUAGUGGAGUCUGGGGAGAAAUAUUCUAGUGCAUUAUAUAAAUUAAACAUUUGA